AUGGCUACUGCUUCUACUUCUACUCCAACUCCAACAGGGACAGCUUCCAUACCAAUUCCAUGGGAGGAAACUUUCCCAACUGGUAAUGCCUCUCCAGCACGAAAAGAAGAGGAAACAAACGGAACUGGUCCUGGAUUAGGAGGGGCAGCAGAUCGGAGUGGGGGUUAUAACAGACGGUAUGGAGGACGUAACGGGUUUGGAUACAACAGUGCUCAGAGAAUGGUGUUUGAUGGAAAGCGUAUGAGAAAAGCAAUACAACGACGUACUGUGGAUUUUAAUUGCUCGAUCGGAAAAUACAUACAGGAAAGGGUAUGGAGUCGCGGUCAUAACAAUAUGAGGUUCCUUCGGCCGAAUCCUAAUUUUGUAAUUGAUCUUCUUCCGCCAUCUGCUUACCUCCAUAAUCCUGUGAACGCAGUUGCGACUAAAUUCGUACAUACCUCUACCAAUAAAAAUCGAUAUCCCGUCAAUGUUGUUCGAUGGACUCCAGAAGGAAGACGUCUGAUCACUGGUUUGUCUAGCGGUGAAUUCACAUUGUGGAAUGGACUAACAUUUAAUUUCGAGACAAUAUUACAGGCCCACGAAUCAGCAGUGCGAGCUAUGAAAUGGUCCCACGACGACAAUUGGAUGGUCACCGCCGACCACAAAGGUAUCAUCAAAUACUGGCAAUCCAACAUGAACAACCUGAAGAUGAUUGAAGGGCAUAAAGAGGCGAUACGAGAUUUAUCGUUCUCCCCAACCGAUACUAAAUUUGCAACUUGCUCUGACGACGGAAUGAUCAAAAUCUGGGAUUUCACGGAAGGCGUUGAGGAAGGAGCUCUUUCAGGACAUGGCUGGGAUGUAAAAGCCGUAGAUUGGCAUCCGUACAAGUCUUUACUAGCCUCAGGAUCAAAGGACAAUCUGAUAAAGUUCUGGGAUCCUAAAUCUGGAAAGAAUGUGGAUACGUUGCAUGGCCACAAGAAUCCUAUUCUUGGGCUUCAGUGGAACAAGAAUGGAAAUUGGCUGGGAACCGCGGCAAGGGAUCAACUAGUGAAAGUGUACGAUAUCCGUAUGAUGAAAGAUUUGCAGACGUUUAGAGGACACAAGAAGGAAGUGUGUUCCAUCGCAUGGCAUCCGUUUCAUGAGCGGUUGUUGGUCACGGGGGGUUCAGAAGGCUCGCUUAUGUUCUGGAUCGUAGGACAAAACACAGUUGUAGACUCUGUAGAAUUUGCGCAUGAAUCCAACGUAUGGUCACUCGAUUGGCAUCCAAUAGGCCAUGUUCUUGUAUCUGGUUCCAAUGACCAUACAACACGAUUCUGGACAAGACCUCGUCCCGGUGACAUGGUUCAAGACAAAUUCCAUGUGGGUAAACAGAAAGCAGAAGAAAUGGGAUUGAAGGACGUGGAUGUUGAAGAAGACGAUUUUGUGCCCGGACUGAAUAUGUUCAAUGCUAAUAAUACGUUGAGCAAUGUAGAUGACUUUGUGCCUGGACUGAACAUGUACAAUUCAAAUAAUUUAAUGAAUGGAUAG